CGCCGACCCCGGGCGGCGACCACGGACCUGCAGCGCUGACUGCAGCUGCCCCUGGGCUGGACAACCCGGGACGCGCUGGCUGGAGCUCCACCUCUGCACCCCAGCUUCCCUUUGCCACAUCCACAAGCCUCCACGAAGCUGGGGGGUCCCUUCUCUCACCCAUCCAUCAGCAGGAUGUACCCCCAGGGAAGGCACCCGACCCCGCUGCAGUCUGGCCAGCCUUUCAAGUUCUCAGUCCUGGAGAUAUGUGACCGGAUCAAAGAGGAAUUCCAGUUUCUCCAAGCUCAAUACCACAGCCUCAAGCUAGAGUGUGAGAAGUUGGCCAGCGAGAAGACAGAAAUGCAAAGGCAUUAUGUGAUGUACUACGAGAUGUCCUACGGACUCAACAUUGAGAUGCAUAAACAGGCUGAGAUUGUGAAGCGCCUGAGUGCGAUCUGUGCCCAGAUGGUCCCAUUCCUUACUCAGGAGCACCAGCAGCAGGUGCUCCAGGCUGUGGACCGAGCCAAGCAGGUGACCGUGGGGGAACUGAACAGCCUCCUGGGGGUGAGUCGCCCCAGCCCAUCUUUGGUGAUGCCCUGGUCCCAGCCCAGGCACCCGGUGGGUGCUAACCUCCCUACACUCAGCAUUACCCUCUGUGUACCCUGUCCCUGCCGCCCGCCUCCCCCUGGCCACCCUCUUCCCAUUCAGCAGCAGAAUCAGCUCCAGCCGCUGUCCCACGCACCCCCUGUGCCUCUCACCCCGCGCCCAGCCGGCCUGGUGGGUGCCGGGGCCACUGGGCUGCUGGCCCUAUCUGGGGCGCUGGCUGCACAGGCCCAGCUGGUGGCGGCCGUCAAGGAAGAUCGCGUGGGUGUGGACACCGAGGGGUCCAGAGUGGACAGAGCUGCCAGCAGGAGUUCCUCCCCCUCGCCCCCUGAGAGUCUGGUUGAAGAGGAACAUCCCAGCAGCCGAGGCAGCAACGGAAAACAGCUGAGAGCUGAAGACAAGGACCUGCCAGGGCCUUAUGACAGCGAGGAAGACAAGAGUGACUAUAACCUGGUAGUGGAUGAGGACCAGCCAUCAGAGCCCCCGAGCCCUGUGACCACCCCGUGUGGGAAGGCAUCCGUCUGCAUUCCAGCCCGCAGGGACCUCACAGACAGUCCGACCUCCUUGGCCUCCAGUUUGGGCUCACCGCUCCACAGAAGCAAAGACCUCGCCCUGAAUGAUCUUCCCACAGGCACUACUACCUCCAGGUCAUGUGAUCCCUCUCCACCCCAGGACUCGUCCACCCCAGGGCCCAGCUCAGCCGGUCACCUCGGCCAGCUGCCAGCUCAGCCGGCACCACCCACAGACAGCAUUGCCCUGAGGAGUCCCCUGACCCUGUCCAGCCCUUUCAGCCUGGGCUCCCACGGCACUCUCAACGGGGACCUCUCCAUGCCUGGCUCCUAUGUCAGCCUCCACCUGUCCCCACAGGUCAGCAGCUCUGUCGUGUAUGGACGCUCACCUCUGAUGGCAUUUGAGUCGCACCCCCAUCUCCGAGGCUCGUCCAUCUCCUUGCCUGGCAUCCCUGGGGCUAAGCCGGCUUACUCCUUCCACGUGUCUGCGGAUGGCCAGAUGCAGCCGGUGCCCUUCCCUUCCGAUGCGCUGGUAGGCACGGGUAUCCCUCGCCACGCGAGGCAGCUGCACACGCUGGCCCAUGGUGAGGUGGUAUGUGCGGUCACCAUCAGCAGCUCCACACAGCACGUGUACACAGGCGGCAAAGGCUGCGUGAAGGUGUGGGACGUGGGCCAGCCCGGCAGUAAGACACCUGUAGCACAGCUGGAUUGCCUGAACCGGGACAAUUACAUCCGCUCCUGCAAGCUGCUGCCCGACGGGCAGAGCCUGAUUGUAGGUGGCGAGGCCAGUACCCUGUCCAUUUGGGACCUGGCAGCACCCACACCACGCAUCAAAGCAGAGCUGACCUCGUCCGCCCCAGCCUGCUAUGCGCUGGCAGUCAGCCCGGACGCCAAGGUCUGCUUCUCCUGCUGCAGCGAUGGCAACAUCGUGGUCUGGGACCUACAGAACCAGGCCAUGGUCAGACAGUUCCAGGGCCACACGGACGGGGCCAGCUGCAUAGACAUAUCAGAUUAUGGGACCCGGCUGUGGACUGGGGGCCUGGACAACACUGUGCGCUGCUGGGACCUGCGCGAGGGUCGCCAGCUUCAGCAGCACGACUUCAGUUCCCAGAUUUUCUCGCUGGGCCACUGUCCCAGUCAGGACUGGCUGGCCGUGGGGAUGGAGAGCAGCCACGUGGAGGUCCUGCAUGUGCGCAAGCCCGAGAAGUACCAGCUCCGCCUACAUGAGAGCUGUGUGCUGUCACUCAAGUUCGCUUCCUGUGGACGCUGGUUUGUGAGCACAGGCAAGGACAACCUGCUGAAUGCCUGGAGGACGCCCUACGGGGCCAGCAUUUUCCAGUCCAAAGAGUCUUCUUCCGUAUUGAGCUGCGACAUCUCCAGGAAUAAUAAAUACAUCGUGACAGGCUCAGGGGACAAGAAGGCCACUGUAUAUGAGGUGGUAUACUGAGCCAUCUGCUGCCUUUUCAGGUCACCUGCCUUGGAUGGCUGACCACUCGGGACAUGGGUCCCUCUGCUCUUAACCUGGCUUGCCCCCUUCCAGCUGGGUGGGGCUGGGGGCACUGGGGAAAUAUAAUAUUGAUCAACUUGC